CAGGAUUUGCUCACUUGUGUGGCGCCUUAUAUGUUUAACAUCAAACUGCAAAUCGAAACCAUGGACGCGUUACGCCUACCAACCCACGCAAGAAAUUACAAUCUGCUGCUUAUUGAUGGACCGCAGGCGUUAACUGAGCUGGAUCCCGCAUUGUUUACGAAGGACUUUGAUUUCCCCGAGCACUAUUUGUUACUUCUAAUAGAUCCAGAUACAUCUCUUAUGCCGAAUCUACUCAUCACCAGCAUCUUGAGCUACUUCUGGCGCAACUAUCUCAUCAACGUCAGCCUUUUGUAUGAGAGUAAACCCGAUUAUGUCGAAGUCUACACAUAUUUUCCUUUCAUGGAUGGAAGUACGUGUAAGGCAAACAACGUGCGUUUAAUUAAUGCGUACAAUGGCACCUGGGCUAAGUCAUUGGAUACCAAUAUCUUUCCCAACAAGCUCACAGAUUUUCAAAAUUGCUCGCUUACAGUAGCUGUCUGGGAUGCGCCACCAUAUUUAAGUUACUACCCCAAUAAAAGUGGCUAUGCGCAGUUGAGUUCUUUCGAAGGCGAUAUGCUUGUCGAAUUAGCGAGGAAGCUCAACUUCAGUAUAGAGCUGGUUGAGCCACCGAACGAUGAGCAACGCGGUCGCCGCUUGGAAAAUGGUAGCCUAACUGGAGCAAUGCAAUUGCUGCACGAUCAUAUGGCGGACUUAAGUUUGGGUUGCUUCCGUUACACUGUAGAACGUUGCGUGCUGCUAACUGGUGCACUGCCGUACUAUCAGUCUUGGCAAAUAUUUGGUGUCCAGUUGACUGGUCAAACUUACUCAUCCGUGGAAAUAUUCACGUUCCCUUUCGACGCUGGGACUUGGUUUGGACUCUUAUUUAGUUUCCAAUUAAUCCUGCUACUAGCCUAUGUUGUAUAUAAUCGCAGUAAGGACUCACCACUUGCCCACAUUAUGAUUGGCUAUCCGAGACCACGAUCCCCCCUAAUCAACGCUUACAGCCUUUUUCUCGGUAUUCCCAUACAACGAACUCCACGCACAAACUUCGCGCGUUUCGUGUUGAUUAUGUGGGUCAUUUACGGUUAUGUGAUGCGUAAUGCCUAUCAGAGCUUUCUAUUUCGACUACUACAAACUGAUCUAUAUCGUACACCGCCACAAAAUAUCUUCGAGCUCAUCAAAGCUGGUUACUCGCUCAUAAUGACUUCGUCUACAUUGGACGCAGUGAAAGUGGCCCCUCUGAUACAGAACGGUCGCAUACCAAUUAUAUUAAAUAACAGCACAUACGAAUGGAAGACGUACGAAAUGGUGGAGCAAAUAGGUGGAAAGCUGGCUGGUGUUUCACCAAAAGACUUCCUCACCCACUACGUGAUGUCAAAGCGUAAACGCGGUCGUUUCUUUGUGCUACCCGAUCGAUUCUUUGCUCAUCACAUUACCAUAUACUUCCCAAAGCAUAGCUACUUGAUUGAUCGGUUCAAUUUCUUGCUCAUGCAACUGCGCAGCGACGGUCUGAUCGAUUACUUGGCUGAGAAGUACCUAGACCUGAGUUACUUUGAUCCAGUUGCGGCCGUGGACAAUGAUGCGCUGAAUUUAGUAGACCUGGGCGGAUUGUUUUUGAUAUACCUUACGUUAGUUGGAUUGACAACGCUGGUAUUCCUUGCAGAAUUGAUGUUCCACAGGUGGGGAUAGACAAUGUGGUAGGUAUGUCCAGCAUAAAACAAACAGUUAAGAAUUUUUAAAAUGAACACAAAUAUAAUAAGCUUAAUAUGAAAUA